AUGGAGCCGGGAACGAUAUCACACGAGGACGAGGAGCAGCGCCUGGAGAGGCUGCACUUUGCCAAUGUGCUCAAAGCCUUUGACGACUAUCUGCCCUACUGCUUAUCGGGCAACGAUGCACGACGUCGAUCCUACUUUUCGCUUCCAAGAGCGCAUCAGCAGCUUCUCGCCGAGAUAGGUCAGCCAUUAUCGCUACCGGAGCUGCCGAAUGGAUCGUCACAGCCGAGACCCUCGCGCGGAUUCAAGGCGAGAUUGGAGGAAAUCGACGACCGAAUACGUCGGAACUCUGAUUUGCUUUCGCUCAUCGCUGACGAGUCACGAGGUUUUCUCGGCCCAGAUGCAUUUGGAGACGACGACGAUGCAGCCGCCGAAGAUUCUCAAGCGGGUAAUGAAGCAGCACACAGCGCCAACGGCAGCAGCAGCAACAGCUACACUACCAAAGGCGGUCGCAAGCGCAGAAAGAUUUCGGGUCACGAGAUUGACAAGAUUCAGAGUACGCUCAAGCAGUUCGUGCGCGACUGGAGCCGAGAGGGCGAGCCGGAGCGUUCGACCGUCUACGGUCCUUUGAUGGAUGCAGUGUCCCGAAGAUAUGGAAAGAUCGCGUUCGAGGAUCGUGGACACGUUCGCAUCCUGGUACCUGGUGCGGGACUCGGUCGGCUCGCUUUCGAAUACGCAGCCCAAGGCUAUUCCUGUCAGGGCAACGAGUUCAGCUUCUACAUGCUGCUAGCUUCGCAAUACAUUCUCAACAAGUCGAGUCAGGUGGACGAACACAUCAUCUAUCCGUUCGUGCACUCAUCCAGCAAUUGGAGAACUGCCGACGACAUGCUGCGGCCCAUUCGCAUCCCCGAUGUCUUGCCCUCCUCGCUUCCUCAGACAAACGAGUUCAGCAUGGUAGCCGGAGAGUUCUGCGAGGUCUACUCGAGACCGGACGAGAGGCGAGCCUGGCAUGUAGUAGCCACCUGCUUCUUUAUCGACACGGCCAAGAACGUGCUGCGCUACCUCGAAACAUUGAACCAUCUGCUGCCUGUGGGUGGACACUGGAUGAACGCAGGGCCGCUGCUGUGGCAUUUUGAAAACUCGGGCAACUCUCGCGGCGGUGCGGGUGACAGUCUGAGCAUCGAGCUCACACUCGAUGAGCUGAUCCAACUCUUGCCCCAAAUGGGCUUUGAGCUCGAAGAACGACGCGAGCUUUCACCCACACCUUAUACGGGCAUGCUCAAUGGCAUGCUGCAGUACCAUUAUCAUCCCGAAUUUUUCGUGUGUCGCAAAGUGCGAGACGUCGAGCCGGCACCGGUUGUAUAG